GAGGAGAAGUAAAGGUGCAGGAGGGGGAGAAUUGUGUGCUGCAGAGCGAAAGUUCACAUUAACAGCAGAAAUGGGACCAGGCAGGAGGAUGUGCGGGACUCAACUCUGGCUGCUGGCCUUUUCGGUCUUUUUCUGUCUGGCUGCUGGAUCGCCAUUGAAGGUGAUGUCAGCCCCCAACUUGUUGCGCGUAGGGAUGCCAGUUAAAAUUUUUGUGGAGUGUCAAGACUGCAGCAAUGAUAAUAACAUCACGGUUGAAAUCGCUGUGGUGAACUAUCCAGCCAAAACCAAAAGGCUGGCAACCACAUAUGUGACCCUUACCAGUGCAAAUAACUUCCAGGACUUUGGAAUAAUUGAGAUCCCUGCCGAACGCUUUAGUCAGGAUUCCAACAAAAAACAGAACGUGUAUGUGAAAGCACGAUUCCCUGAUGCAGAGUUGGAGAAACUCGUCUUACUGUCCUUCCAGUCCGCAUACAUCCUUAUCCAGACUGACAAGACCCUCUACACCCCCAACAGCAAAGUCCGUUACAGGAUGUUUGCAGUGACGCCGGGCAUGGCACCCAUAGAGAGGGAUAAUGUAACCCAGACUGAUCCUUCUAUUGCCAUUGAGAUUGUGACCCCUGAAGGCAUUAUUUUACCACUAGAUUCAGUCUCUCUGAGAUCAGGGAUGCAUUCUGGAAUGUACCAACUCUCUGAAAUUGUCAGUUACGGACUGUGGAAAGUGGUGGCAAAGUUCCAAAGCAAACCACAGCUGAGCUACUCUGCAGAGUUUGAGGUCAAAGAAUACGUGCUGCCCAGUUUUGAGGUUAAACUGACACUGGAGAGCCCCUUCUUCUAUGUAGACAGCGAAGAGCUCUCCGUCAACAUCAAAGCUACGUAUCUAUUUGGUGAAAAUGUGGACGGGACAGCCUACGGGGUAUUUGGGGUUAUGCAUGGGGGUUUUAAAAAGAGCUUGCCCAGCUCUCUUCAGAGAGUGCAGAUCAAGAGAGGUGUUGGAGUGAUCAAACUGAAGAAAGAGCACAUCAUACAGACUUUCCCAAAUAUUAUCGACCUGGUGGGGAGUUCCAUAUUUGUAGCUGCUGGUGUGCUGACGGAGACCGGUAGUGAAAUGGUGGAGGCAGAGUUGAGAGGUAUCCAAAUUGUAACAUCACCUUACACCAUACACUUCAAGAGAACACCAAAAUAUUUCAAACCAGGGAUGUCCCUUGAUGUUGUGGUUGAAGUCGUGAAUCCUGACGGCACUCCGGUAGAAGGUGUUCAAGUGGUUGUGGAUCCGGGUGAGGUGCAGGCCCGCACUGCAGCCAAUGGCAUGGCAAAGCUUUCUAUUAAUACGGAUGACAAUCCUGAACCACUGACAGUUACAGCAAAGACCAAGGAUCCCCGCAUUUCACCUGAAAGACAAGCAUCAGCCAACAUGACAGCUAUCCCAUAUAGCACUAACAGCAACAGUUACCUCCACAUAAAUGUGGAUACAACUGAAGUAGCACUAGGAGAAAACCUGAAAAUCAGCCUCAACACAAGGGAAAGUACAGAAAAAGACAUCACAUUGCUGUUCCUGAGCAGAGGUCAACUGGUGAAAUAUAAACGACACAGGAUGAAAGGUCAAAUGCUAAUAUCCGGGACAGUCACCAUUAUCAAAGACAUGCUGCCAUCGUUCCGGAUCAUAGCAUACUACCAUACAGAUGCUAAUGAAGUGGUAUCAGACUCUGUUUGGGUGGAUGCAGAGGACUCCUGCAUUGGCUCGUUGAAGUUGGAACCAGCCACCGUCAUGUCAUCCUAUGAACCGCGCAAGAUGUUUACUCUGAAGGUCACAGGAGAUCCAGGAGCCACAGUGGGACUGGUGGCAGUUGACAAAGGCGUUUCCAUCCUUAACAAGAAGCAUGGCUUGAACCAAAAAAAGGUGUGGGACAUGGUAGAGACGUACGACACAGGCUGUACACCAGGUGGAGGGAAGGACGGUAUCGGUGUGUUCUACGAUGCUGGGCUGUUGUUUGAGUCAGACUUGGCUCCAGGGACCCCCUACAGAGAAGAAUUGAAAUGCACAACCACCAGCCGGAGGAAACGAAGCACUCCGAUAAUGGACAUCACAACAAGCUUAGCAAGUCAAUAUGAAGACCAACUACAACGUGACUGUUGUUUGGAUGGCAUAAGAGACACCCCUGUUUCAUACACCUGUGAGAUUCGUGCAGAGUACAUCAGUGAUGGUGCAGGCUGCACCGCAGCCUUCGUGCACUGCUGCAAGGAAAUGGAAACCAUGCGAGCAGAAAGGAAAGAGGAAACCCUCCAACUGGGUCGCAGUGAAGAAAAUGACAGUUACAUGGACAGCAAUGAAAUUGUUUCUCGCACUAACUUUCCUGAAAGUUGGCUGUGGUCAGAUAUCAAACUGCCUGCUUGCCCUGUGUCAAAACCUAUCUGUGACACCACAUCAAUAACAAAAGAUGUUCCUUUGCAAGAUUCUAUCACAACCUGGCAGCUAACUGGCAUUAGUCUGUCAAGAACUAGCGGCAUCUGUGUGGCCGAGCCAUUAGAGGUGAUUGUCCGGAAGAACUUCUUUAUUGAUCUCAGACUGCCGUACUCUGCUGUCCGUGGAGAGCAGAUAGAGGUUAAAGCCGUCCUCCACAACCACAGCCCUGAUCAUGUCACCGUGCGUGUGGAUCUCAUUGACAUGGCACAUGUGUGCAGUUCAGCUUCUAAACGUGGGAGGUUUCGCCAGGAGAUUAAAGUUGGUGCCCAAACUAUACGACUUGUACCCUUCAUCAUUAUUCCCACGAGGGAGGGGCAACACCGCAUUGAGGUCAAAGCGGCUGUAAAAGACUCCGAACUCAGUGAUGGAAUCAUAAGGAUGCUGCGGGUUGUGCCUGAAGGUGUGCUGAUAAAAUAUCCCCAGAUUGUAAGUCUGGAUCCUGCAAAAAAAGGUGUCGAUGGUACUCAAGAAGUAAUUCUCAACAGUGGAAUUCCUGAGAAGCAUUGUGUUCCAAACACACCUAGGAGCACACAGAUCUCAGUGACAGGUAGAAAGCAGGCAAAUGUGUUGAAGAAUGAAAUUGGUUGGAAAUCAAUGGACAGUCUGAUUAAACAGCCCUCAGGCUGUGGAGAGGAGAAUAUGAUCCACAUGACACUACCUGUCAUCGCAGCCAUAUAUUUGGACAAAACCAACCAGUGGGAACCUGUGGAAAUUGAUAAACGUGAUGAAGCCCUGCAACACAUCAAGACCGGUUACCAGAAUCAGCUUGUCUACCGUAAAAAUGACGGGUCUUUUGCUGCGUAUCCUGAUCAUCAAAGCAGCAACUGGCUGACAGCCUAUGUUGCCAAGGUUUUUUCCAUGGCCUACAGUCUGGUGGUUGUGCAAGGCAAAGAUAUCUGUGACGCUGUAAAGUUUUUGAUUCUGAAAUCACAGCAAUCUGAUGGAAUGUUUAGAGAAGUUAAAGCUGUGUCCCACAGAGAUAUGAUGGGUGAUGUUCACGGCGUAGAUUCAGAUGCUUCCAUGACAGCCUUCUGCCUCAUUGCCAUGCAGGAGUCACGCUCAAUAUGUGCUGCCACUGUUAAUAAUCUGCAGAACAGUAUAGACAGUGCAGUGGCCUACCUGGAGAGGCGUCUACCCAGCCUAAUCAAGCCAUAUGCUGUAGCCAUGACAUCAUAUGCCCUGGCCAAUGAAAACAAACUGAACCAGGAGAUCCUCUUCAAGUCUGCUUCCCCAGAUCUGUCCCACUGGCCGACGCCUAUGGGACGUGUUUACACGCUGGAAGCCACGGCUUACGCUCUUCUGGCUCUGGUCAAAGCCAAGGCAUUUGAAGAAGCCAGACCUGUUGUCAGAUGGUUCAACAAACAGCGGAGAGUGAACGGGGGCUAUGGAUCAACUCAGGCUACCAUAAUAGUUUACCAGGCUAUAGCAGAGUACUGGGUCAGUGCUAAAGAACCACCGUAUGAUCUGAAUGUGGACAUCUUGUUCCAGGGCAGGGCAAGGCCUGAUCAGUACUACUUCAACAUUAACAAUCACUACAAAACCAGGACAUCUAAAGGCAAUAAUAUAAACCAGGAUGUGAAGGUGACUGCCACUGGCACAGGAGAAGCAACAGUGAAAAUGGUGUCGCUGUAUUACGCUCUGCCAAGAGAAACAGAGAGAGAUUGUCAGAGGUUUAACUUGUCAGUGCAGCUCCUUCCAGAGAAAAUGAAUGAGGAUGAGAAGAUAUACAGGCUGAGGAUAGAGGUUUUGUAUAAGGACAGGGAGCACGAUGCAUCCAUGUCAGUCUUGGAUGUUGGCAUGCUAACAGGCUUUACUGCUAACACAAAUGACCUGAGCCUAUUGUCUAAAGGACGUGCCCGCUCUAUUUCAAAAUAUACGAUGAAUCCUGCCGAGUCAGAAAGAGGCUCAGUCAUCAUCUACCUGGACAAGGUUUCUCACACGCGACCAGAGGAGAUCUCCUUUAGGAUCCAUCAGAAGCUGAAAGUGGGCGUCUUACAACCAGCUGCUGUGUCUGUCUACGAACAAAACAACCAUGAAUACAGGAACCAAACACACUGUAUGAAGUUCUACCAUCCACAAAGGAGAGGUGGUGAGCUACUACAGCUCUGUAAAGGUGAUGAAUGCAUAUGUGCAGAAGAGAAUUGCAGUAUGCAGAAGAAGGGCAACGUCAGCAAUGAUGAGCGUACAGCUAAGGCCUGUGAGACUACAUCGAAGAGUAAAAUAGAUUUCGUGUACAAAGUGAGACUGGAAGAAUUAACCGACAGCUUGUCCACUGACAUUUACACAGUGCGGGUACUGGAAGUCAUCAAAGAAGGAAAUAAUGAUGUGGGCCCUCGGGGUUCACUGCGCACAUUCCUCAGUUAUCUACACUGCAGAGCGGCUUUAGAUCUGACAACAGGCAAAACCUACCUCAUCAUGGGCACAUCCAAAGAUAUUUUCGUCGACGAAGAGAGUCAAAUGUAUCAGUAUGUGCUCGGUGAGAGAACCUGGAUCGAGUACUGGCCCACAGAAGAGGAGUGUAAAACUAAAGAAUACAGUCCCAUCUGUCUGGGCAUGUCGGAGAUGGUCGAGCAGUACACACGCCAUGGAUGUCAGCAGUAGUGCUAUAAAGGGAAAUAAAAUGCUCUUUUCAAAUUGUA